UUUCAGGACCUGCUGUGGAAAAGUCCAGUACUGAUAAAUCUGUGGACUUGUAACAUGAAGAAAAAGGAACCAGAACCCGCCAGAUGAUUAAGUGCAUUGCUGUGUAGUGAGAGAAUGGACUAGAUUGUAGAAAACAAACUUCGGGAGUCAAGAGUGCAGGGUGCUGCUUAAAUUCCUGUUUCGACAGGUCAUCGUCUCUGUCAGUACAGUGGCCAAACCACAAGGCUUGAUUGAUCCAGUUUCACUGUUUCCACCUGGGCUGAUAAGGACGUGCCUCUCAGGAUCUUUGUGGAGAGGCCUUGCUUUGGAAAUCAAGACUCUGCCCUCAUGCAACUGUGGAUAGCUCUUGAAGCAUACUGGUUUUAUCACUAGAGAGCUGGAUUAUCCAGAGCCUGAAGAGGCUCUAGGAUAAAAGUAGCACUUGAAACAGGAUCAUUCUAUAUAGAGAACUAAAGAACUAUUUCUUUGGUGUUGUCUCCAGAGGUGAACUUGCCAACAUAUUGGAACUUUAAGAUUGUCAAUAAUUCAAGAUAGGUGUAUUUAAUUUGUAAAGAAACCAUGGAUCCUGUAGCAGCACAUGGUUUUGUCCAAUUAUGGAACAAGAAGAAUGGGAUGUCUAAGUCGAAGAAAGCAGUCGUUGAACUAUCGGGAAAAAAGAAGAAAACUAGAUUGGUGAUCUAUUUCUGUAAUGGAGAAAGCAGAACUUUUGAACUACAUAAUAAUAUUAAAAACAUGAUCAUUAGCUCCUAUGGGGAAAAAGUGAAUCACCUGCAUUUAACUUUCCAAAACAACAGCUUCUUUUUUAUGGAAAAAGUAUCCUCUACAGAUGUCAAAAAAUUGAAGGCAUUCCUGGAUGGAGUCUGUCAAAAUCAUCUUCCACCACCCAUAAGACCUGAUGUGGAUAGCAGUGCCUCUGCCAGCACAACAGUACAGAAGAUAGUUGAUGAAACUUCAUUUCAAAAAGUGGGUCAGAAGUCAAAUAGUCAACCUUUUGAGAAAGAAGAAAAAAAGGGGACACCUUCAUCUGCAUCAGAAUCACUAACAUCUACCUAUGAACAGUUAUUAGAAGAUGAAUAUGGGAAGAGGAAUAAGAUGCUCUCAUGGGAUUUCCAAAAUGAGAGUAGCUCUGUGAAAAAGAGGAAAUCCAAGAGAUACCUAUUAAGAAAUGUAAGCCACAAUGAGAAGAAAGAAUUGAGGAUAAAAGGGUUAAAACAGAGUAAAUUAGAUUUAGAUUUUUUAUUUAAGAUCAGUCCUUACCUACAUGGCACCAAUCUUAUCCCAAAACUGUCUGAGAAUAUAUAUUUCACAUUUCUGUCAGAACCAGGGUAUGAUAAGGAUGACCCAUAUUGGGACAGACUCAAGCUGACUCUUGACUACUACCCGGAGAAACUAUGGCAAGGCUUCCCCAAUUUGGGAAACACCUGUUACAUGAAUGCAGUUCUGCAGUCUUUAUUUUCGAUCCCAUCAUUUGGUGAUGAUUUACUCAAUCGGAGUUACCCAUGGUGUAAAAUUCCCCCUGAUGCACUUAGCAUGUGCUUGACACAGAUGUUUGUCUUGAAAGACAUUUAUAACAUAAAUAUUAAGAAGAGGUUACUUGCGAAUAUUAAAAAAACCAUUUCAGCAGUUGUAGAGAUAUUCGCUAACAACAGGCAGAAUGAUGCCCAUGAGUUUUUAGGUCAUUAUUUAAGUCAGAUGAAAGAAAAAAUGGAAAAAUUAAACACACUUGUGAAGACUAAAAUUGAAUCUAAGGAAGAAAGGUCACCUCAACCAUUUUUUGCUGGCAGUGCAGCCAAGCAAGCACUCCUUUGUCCUGUCAUCACUAAUUUCGAGUUUGAGUUGCUGUGCUCUAUUACUUGUAAAGGCUGUGGGCAUGCUGUUCUUAAGACAGAAGUGAAUAAUUACCUCUCCAUCAAUCUUCCCCAAGGACAGCAAGCACUUCCCUUUUCUGUUCAAUCUAGUCUUGAUCUUUUCUUCGAAACAGAAAACCUAGAGUAUACAUGUGAGCAGUGUAAACACAAGAAAUCUCAUAAAAAGUAUACAUUCAGUAGGCUACCUAGGGUCCUUAUUGUUCAUCUGAAGCGCUAUAACUUUAUUGAGUUUCGGUCCUUAAAGAAGGAUGACCAAGAAGUCAUUAUUUCCAAAAAUUUAAAGAUAUCUUCCCAUUGCAAUGAAAAUACCAGACCACCAUUUCCUUUAAACAAGAAAGCACAUCUUAUGAAUCUCAAUGUUUUAAAAAUCUUUCGAAACAUAAAUUCUAAAGCUAUCAGUAAGUUGACACCGUCAACAAAGAUGGCCUUGGAAUUCAUGAAUUCUUUGCCUUCAUACAUUGUACCAGACGAAGAGCCCGAACCACAAAAUGAUCAUGUUCAUCAUGAAGAUUCAAGAGAAGAAGAGAAACAAAAAGACCUCGGAAAAUGCUCUGUACUAGAGAUACUAGACUCUGCAUUGGCAGACUCACAAGAUGGAAUAAUCGUUGCAAGAGAGCUGUUAGCAGUGGCCUUAACAAUGAAUAUGGAAGACUGCUCAUUUUCUCUGAGAGAGAUAACCAUCAGUGACCCAGAUGUAUGUCAGAAAGUGUUUGAAAAUCCAAAACUAAAGGGCGAUGAGAGAAUCAAUAUGUUUGCAGAUUUUGAGGCUGUGGCUAAGACCACCGAAGAUAAAGAUGAAAAUGCCAAAAUUUCAGAAGUUUCCCCAGUGGCUGAACAGACCCCAGAUAAAGAAAGGAUGAAAACCUAUGAACAAGCCCUUUGGCUGACACUGCUUCAAAGCAUUCCAAAGACAAAGACUCAAAAGAAAAAGAGCACAGAGAAACUCAAAAGACCAAAGGAAUCAGGCGUCCAGGGAACCGAGGUGAAUUCCCCAGGUGCAUCGGGUUGCAAUAAAAAGCCUGGAAAAAAGGACUCUUUACGGAUAGAGAAGACAGAAGAGGCAUCCAACGAACCAAAAGAAGAAGCUGAGAUGGAAGAUCGUCAGGGCUACCGGCUCAUUGGUGUUCUCAGCCAUCUUGGGAAGAGCCUAAAUUCAGGCCAUUAUAUCAGUGAUGCCUAUGACUUUGUAAGGCAAGAGUGGUUCACUUACAAUGAUUUGCAGGUGUCAAAUAUCGAAGAGGCCACAAUGCAAAAAGCUAGACUUUCCUCUGGGUAUGUUUUCUUUUACAUGCAUAAUGAGAUCUUUGAAGAGCUGUUGGAAAGGGAGAGCUCCCCACCUUUAAGCACAGAGGCAGGGAAGACCUCUCAAGAGCAGGAAUAAAGACAGACUUAAAUUGCACAAAUCUGCUUGACUCCCUCUCUGGCUAUCACUUUCUCCAUGGAAGGAAAACUUUCAACUCUAGCCAAGCACAAAGGAGCAACUAGCAUCCAGGACCAAAGUUCAAGCAGAAACAGUUACCUGAAAAUAAAUCUUUGUUCUAACCCUGAUCGAGACACCUUAACCCGCAGUUCUGUGAUAAACAUUUAUCUCCCCUACUAGACUAGAACUGUGCUUUCCAUAUUCUACUAAUGCAGUGAAUUUUGAGUGUGGUCCUCAAGCCAGUACUAUAAGAAACAUUGAAGGACUUGUGAGAAAUGCAGUUUCUUGAUUGCACCAUGGACCUACUAAUUCUGAAACUGAGGAGAGAGGCAGCAGUUUGAUGGCGAGCUUCCAGAAAGUUGGAGAAUCAUUUCCAUAGUGUGUAGAGUAUAUUGGUGUAUUUUCCUGUUGUAUAUUUGAAUUGUUUAUAUUUUGUAAAGGAGUUUGAUC